AAACUGUUGACGAACCGAGCAGUAAGCGGCCGAAGACCGACGGUGAAACAGACAAGAAAAUGGCAGCUAAAUCCACGUUACCCGAUGACUUCAAACCACCCCCAGAUCAUUACUACAAGGGCAUUCGUAUGCUGGCAAUCACGCCGGCUCCGACGUUUGAUGCCAUUCUAGAGAUGGAGGUUCGUGAAGAUGAUAUUUGGGUUGUAACGUACCCCAAAGCAGGUACAACAUGGGGUCAAGAGGUCACAUCUGUGAUUGUUGAAGGAGCCGAUUUGGAGAAAGUAAAAAGUAAGCCACUAUUGCAGAGAGUACCAUAUUUGGAGCUGGGACCGCUUGGUCCACAACCAGCCUCUUACAAGAUGGUUGAAGAGUUGCCGUCACCACGUCUUAUUCGAACACAUUUACCAUAUCAUCUGAUGCCUAAGCAGUGGUUUGAGAAAAAACCAAAGACAUUGUAUGUGGCUCGCAAUCCAAAAGACACUGCAGUUUCUGGAUGGCAUUUUACGAAAAUCAACCACUUUUUUGUAACAUAUGAAACAUUCUCAGACUUCUUUCCCAAAUUUGUGGAAGGGGAUGUCAUUUAUGGUUCUUGGUUUGACCACAAUAAAAAAUGGUGGGAACACCGGCAUGAUCCAAACAUCAUGUUUGUCAAAUUUGAGGACAUGAAAAAGGAUUUGAGAGGAGAGAUGAUUCGUAUGGCUGACUUUUAUGGAUAUCCAUUGCCAGUUGACAAGAUUGAUGCCGCUGUUGAGCAUUGUACCUUUGAUAAAAUGAAGAAAAAUCCCAUGGCCAACUAUUCCGGAGCUCAUUUUAUCAACCACAAGAAAGGACAAUUUCACAGAAAAGGUGAAGUCGGAGACUGGAAAAAUCAUUUUAGUGUAGCACAGAAUGAACUGUUCGAUGAAUUAUAUCAAGAGAAAAUGCGAGGCACUGGUUUGACCUUUGAUUGGGAGUUGUGAUAUGGCAGCCAUUUUGUUUCUGCACAUGGGAUUUCUGCUGAAUGUGGGGAAAAUGAACUGCUUGCCAAUAUAGAAUGCCAUUCUCGAUUUGGAUCAUGUUACAAAAUAAAUCACAUAUUGGCAUUAUGGCAGCAAGUUGGUUAUUCCUACCUGUUGACCAAUAUAAUGGCUUUGUGGUGUCGUGCGUUGUAUAGUCAUUCUUCUACUAAUGUUACAAUAUUACCGGUACUUAUACCAAAGGUCACUAUAUUUAUUUUGACUGUAAUAGCAACAACCAAAUAUGUCUAACCACAUCUGUGAAAUAAGUUCAUGUCUGUGCUGUAUGUGUGAUUUGUUAACUUGAAAUUUUAAACAGAAUAUUGCGUGUACAAAUCUGUUUUUAUGUCAGUUUUGUACCAAAUAUUUAUUGCACUGUUACAGCUGUCAUAUCCAGGAUAUUUUUAUUUUGUAAUAACUAACAUUUGAGUAUUGUUAUAACCCACAUACCAAUAUUGUGAUAUUUGGGAAUAAAAUCCAAGUGUAGACUCGA